AUAAACCUAAAACCUAAAACCCACGCUACGCCAUAAAGGCCGCCACGCAGUUUCUCUCUCUGCAAAAUUCGAAUUUCGAAUUCGGAUCCGGAUCCACCGCCCCCCGUUUUGCAAUUUGACCUUUCUCUUCGCGCAUCCUCCAGUUCAUUUUUUCCCCUUCCACCCCCCCCGCAAAAAACCAAGCAGAGAACAGCGCAGAAUCCCUAUCCCCGAUUCAUCUCCUUUUUUGCGGCGGAGCUUGUUUGCUUUGUUUCUAUAGCAGCAAUGAGGAAGGGGGCAAAGAGAAAGCGGGCGGAGAAGGCGACGACGGAUAAGAAGGAUAAGGAGGUCGCCGCCGCCGUCGUCGAGGAGCCCAAAGCUUCUACUUCUUCCUCUGCGGAAGCAGAGCCAGCGGCGGCGGAUGGGAAUCAUAAGCAGGCGAAGAAAGGGGCGGCUCCUGCAGCAGCUGCUGCUGGUAAAGCACGCCGAGCUCGAGCUAAGAGCGCGAAGGUUGAGCCUGAGCCGGAGUACUUCGAAGAGAAGCGGAAUAUGGAGGAUCUAUGGAAGGCAGUUUUCCCAGUCGGUACAGAGUGGGAUCAACUGGAUGGCUUAUACAAGUACAAUUGGGACUUCUCCAAUCUGGAAGAAGCUUUUGAAGAGGGAGGAGCUCUGCACGGGAAGAAAGUGUAUCUCUUUGGCUGUACUGAACCCCAAUUGGUUCCUUACCAAGGCCAAAACCACGUAAUGAAUGUACCUGCAAUUGUGGCUGUAAGUAUACUUCAUACUGUUGAACUUGGUUUUUGCAUGGCUAACAUGGAUAAGAUUGUUUCACCUUUCCCUCCAUCAGACAAGAUGGGAAUUAAUUCGGUUCAAAGGGAAACAGAAGAAAUAGUUCCCAUGAAACAAAUGAAGAUGGACUGGGUUCCAUACAUUCCUAUGGAGAACAGGGACACAGAAGUUCUCAGAUUGAAAUCUCAAGUUUACAUCUUGAGCUGUACUCAAAGAAGGGCUGCUUUGAGACAUCUGAAGAUAGACCGGCUUAAGAAAUUCGAAUACUGCCUUCCAUACUUCUAUCAUCCGCUGAAGGAAGACGAAUUUGAACAAAGCACUGAGGUCCAAAUAGUGUUUCCAGCAGAGGACAAGCCGGUUUUAUGUGAGUUUGAUUGGGAAUUGGAUGAGUUGGAGGAAUUCACUGAUAAUCUCAUAAAGGAUGAGGCACUAUCUGAAGGUCAGAAGGACGAGUUCAAGGAGUUUGUUAAAAGCAAAGUUCGAGAAUCCAAGAAGGCUAACCGAGAGGCUAGGGAAGCUCGGAAAAGGGCCAGGGAAGAAUUGAGCGCAGACGCCAGAGCUGCGUUUGAGAAUAUGAAGUUCUACAAAUUCUACCCUAAGAAGACUGAUGAUUCUCCAGAUGUUUCUUCGGUUAAGUCACCAUUCAUCAACAGGUAUUAUGGGAAGGCUCACGAGGUUCUGUAAUCGCAAUUAUCUCUGCUCGAUCGAAUCAACUCUGCGAAUUGGGAUGCAGCAUUCAUCUAAUCUAAAGCGCACGGAUGCUAGCAAUGAGAACUCAGGGGCUUGCAGCUCGCUCCCUGGCAUUCGGGGAAAAGUUUUUCUUCUGUCUUCUUGCCUCUGCUGCAAGAUCGCUACAAAUGUCUGUAAGCACAUUGCAGAGUCUUGUGGGGGGGUUUCCUCAAAGAGUCCAGGAAAUAUGUAAAACUUGUAGCUUUCUAGAGAAGAGAUUAGUUAUCAAGGCGUAUAGGAGGAAUCUGUGUAAGGUCUCUGCAAUGUUUUUGAGGAUUAUGCUCUUGGGAGCCAUGGAAUGUUUGGAGCUUGGGUUUGCCAUUAAACCCAUCAAAAUUUUUAUCCUCUACAAAUUGGUACUUGCUCAGAAUAUAGAUGAGGAAUCUAUAAAAUGGAAUCUGUACUCAUUUUGAUGUAUUUAAUGCAGUUCCAUUAUACUAGCAUAAUAUCUGACCCUAGAAAAAA